UCUCUCUCUCUCUCUCUCUCUCUCUCUCUCUCUCUCUCUCUCUCUCUCUCUCUCUCACACACACACACACACACACACACACACACACACACACACACACACACACACACACACACACACACACACACACACACACACACAAACACGUGUGUAAAUCAAGGCUUUUUAAACAUACUGCUGCCAGCAAUCAUCAUCUCCACCACCCAAAGCAGUCAUAACAUCACCACGAUCAUCAUCAGUGUCGUCAUCUUCAUCAUUAUACUCGUCGUCAUCAUCAUCAUCAUCAUCAUCAUCAUCAUCAUCAUCAUCCUCAUCAACAAGAAGCGAAUCCAGCGGCCAGCACCUUCAGUAAACUGUCAGUGGAUGCGCGCUGUAGAUGAAGCAUGGCAGGGGACGACGAAACAAAGCCGGAUGACCAAACCGCGAAUGAUCAGAACAAUCGGCAACCUUUUCUAAUCGGUGUCGCUGGAGGAACUGCCAGUGGCAAGUCGUCGGUGUGCAGUAAGAUCAUGGAGCUUCUUGGGCAGAACAAGAUCGACCACCACCAUAGGCAGGUGGUGAUCCUCAGCCUGGACAGCUUCUACAGGGUGCUCUCCCCUGAGCAGAAAGCCAGAGCUCUGAAGGGACAGUUCAACUUCGACCAUCCAGAUGCGUUCGAUAAUGACCUCAUCAUCUCCACCUUGUGGGACAUCUUGGAGGGCAAAAUAGUGCAGCUUCCAGUGUACGACUUUGUCAUCCAUUCCAGGAAAGAGGAGACUGUGACGGUGUACCCAGCAGAUGUGGUGCUUUGUGAGGGCAUUCUAAUGUUCUAUGCUCAGGAGAUCCGGGACAUGUUCCAAAUGAAGCUGUUCGUCGACACAGACGCCGAUACCAGACUGUCACGCCGAGUGCUUCGGGACAUCUGUGAACGAGGACGGGACUUGGAGAGCGUACUCAGCCAGUACAUCAUGUUCGUCAAACCUGCUUUUGAGGAGUUCUGCCUACCGACCAAGAAAUACGCUGAUGUCAUCAUACCCAGAGGCGCAGACAACCUCGUUGCCAUAAACCUAAUAGUUCAACACAUCCAGGACAUCCUCAAUGGGGGUUUAAACAAGAAGAACAAUGGCUGCCUGGAGGACUAUGAAUUGACUCAGAACCUGCAAAACACUGAGCCCAGCAGUCGCCCCCAUUGACCACAAUGCAUUCUUCGACAGGAAGGGCUUGAUGCAAAAUAAAGAACCUCUUUUGCUAUGGUC